UCCGCACCACACAAUCCGGCGCCCUUGCCGCCCGCCCGGCGCCCCUCCCUUGUUCAUCCAUCAGUCAGUCACACGACAACACGCAAGAGGAACGGUCGCACGUUGUCUCCGUUUGUAAAGUGUUCACGCGGACAAGUGGGUCAUAGAUACUGUACAUAUAUAACAAGCAAAAUAUACCGGUUAGUGUUGUGAUUUAUUGCAGUGACAGUGCCUUUGAAUAAAUUAAUAGUGAAUAAGAGACCUGCGGCUCUUUUGAAGUGUACGGGAUGCGUGCGUGAGCGCAGCGUAUGACGUGCUACGAAACGCUGAGAACUCCGGCACCCGCCGCGGACGCCCCCAUGGCACACCACUUCGUCAAGUGGUGGCGCAACAAGUUUAGAAAUGGAUAUAAGAAGUUUAGCAUGGGAACAGAGAGCGAGCGCACAGAUACGGAAGAGCUGGUUGGCCGUGCCGCGUCGCAGUGCUCCGCUCCACCAGACCUGCUGCCCAGCGAGGCUCGGGUGCUACUCCAGCCGGCCGCCUCAUCACCACCGCCAUUUUGUUCAAGUCGACCGACACAAGAGACUGCCUACAAACCACCCCUGUCUACACCACAUGCGCCCAACACCCAAGACGACAGACAUCCUAGGCUGCGUUUUGAGGAACUCACGUGCGACGUGGAACUGCAGCAUCCAGAGCCGUCGAAAAAACAGCCGCUGCAAUUUUCUUUCACCCUCUACGAUCUGGAUGGACAUGGUCGCAUGACUAAAGAUGAUAUUGCCGGUAUCGUGUCAACCAUAUACGAGUCGAUUGGAAAGUCGGUGACAGUUCCGCAUUACGGGUCCAAAACUAUACAAGUACGUCUAACGGUUGUACCGGAAGACAGUAAUACGCGGAGUCGGCGGGAAAGGCGAGAGAGACGUCGCCGUCGACGAAGAGAAUGUGCCUCGGUUGUAACCGCGCCACCGCCAGAAUGCGCCGACCAUUCAGACGACGAACAACGGCACAGGCUCUCAGCUGACGAAGAUUUAUCGUCCAAGUCCUCGUGUUCUGGAGAUCGAAGACCGACGGUAUACGAGCGGAAGCCCACCGCGUACGUUCAACCUCGCCCUCACCGCCACCCCCGCAGGGAGCAGCGCGAGCGCAAACAUGUCAAAAAGCGUUCAGGAAGCUUACAGAGACGUGAAUUGCUCGAAAUCAUUCAGGCUAACAUGGAAAAGAACCACUUGCGCUUUCAAGCCUCAAGAAAGCCCUGCGACUCCGUUGCCAAUGAUGAAGAAUUUACAAAUAAAUAUCAAAAACUACGAACCAGAUCAUAUACGGUCAGCGAAAAACCCCAAAAUGCAUUCCAAAAGCACAAGUCGGACAAUUCUGGCAACGGAUAUCUGGAUUUAGCAAGCGGCGGUGACUCUCAUUUGUGCAGAUACGACCGUUACUUGCACGCGGUGAUCUGCUCGUCCGCGCGACACGCGCACACCGGCUACCACCAGAAGCAGGCGCAGUCGCCGCACGCGCCGCACACGCCGCGCCUGCCGCGCGCCGCGCCGCCCGCACCCGCUGCCGCGCCCCCCGCCGCGCCCCCACCCGCGCCCGCAACACAACCCAGAGUCUUACAAAUCAUAUUUUUAUAGAACCUGGCACAGGGCGACGUCCCUGACAUUCUUCUGGCUUUUUGUUGGAAACGUAAUUAGUUACCAAGUAUUGAAUUCAUUAAAACCUUGAGUGCUUGUCUUUAAUGCGACACCGUUAAGUAAAUUUGAACAAAGUGUGUUGUUUUGUAUAAUAAGAAUCUGAUACUGUACAUUGAUAGUUUUGUACAAAGUUUUAGUAUUCACAUAUUGGUAUUAAGCUAUAGAUGUUCAGUUUGUUUCACAAGUAUUAUAACAGGUAUUAAUGUUAAAAUGACUUCAUUUCGUGAAGAUAAAGACCUAAAACAUUAUUAAGUAUUUAAGCAUGUUUGAUACCUAUAUAAAUUUUAAUUUGUGUGUGUAUACUCUACAAGACUAGUUGUUAAUGCUCAGUUGAUGAUGUAAAUCGUACCUUAAUUGUAUGUUUCAAAUUAAACUCAUUUUCGAGUUGAGACUGAUCUUAGUGUUUAAGUUUUAGAUGUAUUGAAUAGUUUUGUAUAAAACAGUUUUUAAUCUAUGCUGCGGUGCUCCUAUUUGCAGUCUGCGAUCGCACACAAAAUAAUUUUUGACAGCAUGUAAUUAUCUGUACAAUGCAGUGUUGCCAUUUCGGUAGGUCAUCAAGGAUCUCAAAGUCGGGAAUUGGACCAGAUUUCUCCUAAUAAUAUUUAAUAAUUAUUGAAAAAAAAAACUAAAGAUUCGAACUAGUUUAGAUUUGUAUUCAUUCCGUAGUGAUUUGAUAGUCUGUUGACGCAAUGCAAUGCAAUAUCUACAAUGAACUUUUCAAUGCAACGGAUUUCUUGUAGAUAAAAAUAGUAAGGUUAGUGAAAAGAGGAUAAAAAUUAAUUUCAGUAUUCCGACUUUGGAUCCUACUACUGAUUAAAUCCUGCGCCUUAGUUGUGAUUGUAGUCCAAAUUAUAUUGUUAAACCUUUUUGCGGCUUCAUGAAAUGUUACCGCAAUGGACUGCUAAAUCUUACGCGAUCGACCUUUUGAGUAUUGAUCUAUGCUAUUGAAUAAACAGAUGCUUUAUUUGUAUGCACUCAUAACUUUUGGAACUUCUGGUUCGAUAAAAGAUCUUUGACUGUUAGGUAACCAAGCCUGCACUUUGUAAGUACUGAACUUGAUAAAUGAUCCCAAGCUAUAUGUUCUCAUCGAACCCGAGAACUCAGGGUCUAUUUGAAAACCGAACGUCGAAACGCCGGUCCGAAACGAAAAAAAACAACGAACUUCGGAUUUAACUUUACUAUCAAAUUACUUCGGAUCCGUCACCCUUCUGUAGCUUAACUUAGUGAUGAGAUCAAUUACCCUUUUUUUUUUUUUGCAUAAGCAGUGGAACUGUAUUCUCGCAGAUGGUUUUAAAAAGUGAUGGCGAAACCCUUCAUAUCUGCAAUAUUGCAAUGAACGGAUCAGAUCAGUCGUCGAAAUACAUCAUCGGAUCCGAACACUUCGUAGUAAUAAAACGUACGGAUUUCGUUUUUCGAUGUAGAUCCUCUGACCAAUCAAAAUAAGUCAUCUGUAAGUAUGUCAAACAAACUUUAAUCUGAUUGGUCUAUUUUCGCGAGUGAUAGCGGUUGGGAUCGUGUAUUGUUAUAGAUCGUAAAUGGAUAUGGGCUAUACAAUAUCAACAAUAUAUUUGUGUUAUGCGUUAUAAAUAUUAUUGUUAGCAUUUUCAAUAAAUUAACAAAGGAAGUAAUGUAAUAUGCAGCCAAAAUACUUUUUUUUAUCUAGAUUUGACUAUUCUCAAAAUCGAUUAAUAAGCUUUCCUCCAGAUUAUAAUCAAAGUUGUAACCGUAGUCAUUUUAUAAGGGUUAAUGUCUAAUUUCAUCGCCACAAAUCUCAUUGUCUCCAGUUAAAACUAGAAUAUGUGAAAUUAUGCAACUUCAAUUGUUUUAGUUAUGAUUGCCAGCGGCAAAUGGUGAAAUUUUCUAAAAGGAAACCCGACAUUACACAUAAAUACUAAUAUGCACAAUUGGGGUUUGCAAAUCGUUGUAAUAGUAAUUACAUUUUAUAUAAAUUACGAAAGGGAAACCGGUAGUAAUCGGGUUAUAUGCUUCGCACUGCUACAAACGUCCUGUUGGGACGAUUAUUGUUCACCCUGGGGAGUUAUACUGACGAAAUCUUAUGCAACAAUGGAAUAAAGUUUAUAGACAUUUUAUGAAGACUAAAAAUUUUGGAAUCUCGUAAUCGUAUAUAAAAGCGAUACAUAAAAAAAUACAAAUAAAAAUAUUUAUAGGCAACUAGUACGAGCCUUAAAAACAAUUUAUUAUUAUUACAAACUACCAAAACAAUACCUUCUCUACUAUUUGUCGUUGAAAAUUAUGUUUUUCCCACACGUAUUUACCAUUAUCAGUAUUCCUUAUUUUAAGUUAAAAAAAGAAUCUCUUUACUACCAUCUACCUCUAAUUUUGGUAUCUUAGUUUAUUAUUAACUUAUUUGACAACUGGAUUCUUAAAUUAGUUUAUUUAGCAAUUAAGUAUUGUUGUGAUAAUGUGGUUACUUGGAAUAUCAAGUAAUUUCAAUUAAAUAUGUAGUAUCGAUGGUAUACAGCAUGACAUGUACAAAGUGCUCGAUCUUGUCAGAAUUAUUUAUUGUCAAAUAUACUCAUGAGAUUAAUUUUACAA